CAUAGUGUUUGAUUGAUAGGCUUCCAGAAAGUCUUAUCGCGGCGGAUUUACAUGCUUCAGCACUCCAUUCGGAUUUCGGAGCUCCAGAUUGCAUUUGAUAUUGAGGUCAUUGCUCAACAAACUCAACUUCGAGAGUUGAGUAGAAUCGUCAAUUUGGCUUUACAAUAGCAACAUAAUAACUACCACCCUACCCCUCAUCUCACAUAAUUAUACUUUUCGAUUGUUGUCUAGAAGGAGAAGAUUGGAUUUCUUACUUUCGACUUGAUUAAUACUACAGUACCACUGCAGCAGUACUUAGACUACGACUACGACUGCGACUCCUACUUCUACUUCCUCUUUCCUACUCUACCUACUCUACUCGAUACUUUUACUAUCUCCCCUCUGCUACCACCUCUGCAACUAUACCUUUCAAAGAUCAUAACUUACAAGUUCUAUUCGAUUCCGAUUUCGGCUUCGUACUCAUCGAAAUUUCAUACCAACCCUUUUCAAUACAGCUCAGUUUACGUGACUCAGAUCGACUCAGAUUGUCAAUCUAUCUGCUUUCCGCCCUCGCAGGUGGCUAAGAAGCUGCUCUCAAACUACUAUCACAAGCGCUGCUGUUAUCAAUUAGAGUGGGAAAACGAGGAAAAGGUUAGCCUGCACCUUUCAAAAACCUUGAAAAUACCGACAUAGUCCCUUUUAGACUUUAAACUACUGAAAGCGAAAAAAAAUCUAAUUGGAUGCAUUUAGGUCAAUUUCCUUCGAAAAUUGGAGCAACUAGAGGAGAGUCUUCCCACUUAAAUGCCUUCAGCCAUUCAUGCAGAACCCCAGGACAAUUUGGCGUGUAUGCUACCCACCCCUUCCAUAAAAUCUCAUGGAUUCUUAUCCACUAACGUCCCACUUGCAGCGGACUAUCGACGUCAGUCCCAACUCUCUCAAUUCGCGAAAGCGGCGGUUUUUAACUAUCGCACUAUGAACCCACCUAAAUCUUCUUCUCAACCCCUCAGUACAAUUCCUGGUAGUCUCAUCCUCGAACGCGAUUUUGCUGUUUGCAAACCACAGUCCGAUAACUAUCUCACACUUCCUCCACCUGCUAUACCUGCAGUUUUAACUCGAAGUUUUCACCAAAAAGCCGGCAUGUCUAGCGAUGGAGUCACCGAUGGAGUUGGUCACCCUCUCUCCGACACACCCCUCCCAAGUGGACCUUCAACUGCUCAAAGCAGUCCAAGAAUGUGAGUCUAUCUCUAUUCCCAUCAAUUCUUCCCGGGUCGAUGAACAGUUUCGUGAGGAAUGUACAUAAAAUUAGUCGGGCGCGGGAAUCUCAACAAUUUUUUUACUUGAACCUCAACACUGACGAUCGCAGUCUUCCACUUCGACAGAAUUCUGGCACCACCACUCCCCGAGUUCGAGCUCCUGCUACGACCCUCAACAUUCCUGGCAUGACCAGAUCUCGCGUUUCUCCUGACGGUAAAAUUGCGCAACGAGAUGUCGCCUCAAAAUUGGUGGUUAUUAUGGUAGGAUUGCCUGCUCGUGGAAAAUCAUAUAUUACAAAGAAAAUUCAGCGAUAUUUGUCAUGGCAGCAACAUGAGACUAGGAUUUUCAAUGUUGGCAAUCGACGUCGUGUUGCGGUUGGAAAACCGCAGCAGUCAAAUGGUACACCACCGAAAGCUCAGGAAUCAGCUCAUCGUCCAUCUGUUUCAAGCCAAUCAAUUCGCACAGGCUCAAUUGCCGGAAAAAUAGAUGCACCAACACAAGCUGCCCACAUGAUUCUUAAUGGUGUAGAUCCAACUCAACAGGAUCAAGAAACCGAAGGUCUUGACCCGAAGAAAAUUUCUUCACCCGGCGAAUUACCUGAUCCUGGAAGAAUGGAUCAAUCGGCCAAAUUCUUUGAUCCUAUGAAUUCCAAGGCGGCUGCAAUCAGAGAGCAGGUAGCGAUGGACACCUUGGACGAGCUCUUAGAUUUCCUCUUGCUAGGAAGCGGCGCUGUUGGUAUCCUGGAUGCUACAAACAGUACCAUUGAACGUCGCAGACACCUCUUUAACCACGUUAAGGAGAGAGAGCCAAAACUUGGUAUUCUUUUCAUAGAGAGUGUUUGCGAGGACGAAAGUGUACGUACAUCAUUUUGUUCUGAGGAUACAAUUUACUAACCGUCUUUCUAGCUGCUCGAAGCAAAUAUGCGCUUGAAGCUCCGAGGACCCGACUACAAAGAUAAGGAUCCAGAAGCCUCUUUGAGAGACUUCAAAUUACGGGUCGCUGCCUAUGAAAGUGCAUACGUUCCUUUGGGAAAAUACGAGGAAGAUAAUCAUAUGCAGUACAUCAAAAUGAUAGAUGUCGGACGAAAGGUCGUUCAUUAUCAACUCAAGGGUUUCUUAACAGGGGGCAUAGCCUCGUAUUUGUCGACAUUCAACCUUUCCCCAAGGCAAAUUUGGAUCACACGACAUGGAAAAUCCAACGAUAACGCGAUUGGCAAACUUGGUGGUGAUUCUGAUCUCACCCCGGAAGGACAAAAAUAUGCUCAAGUUCUUCACAACUUCAUCACAGACCGUCGAAGACGAUGGCUUCUGGAGCAACAACAAUCUGCCAUUGAGAGUGCAAAAUAUCCCCCGGGAGGUGAGGCAGUCAGAACACCACCUUAUCCAGACAUCAUGGGGGAAUUGGACGAGAAGAACUUUUGUGUAUGGACUUCAAUGCUCAAGCGAAGUAUCCAAACGGCAGAGCACUUUGAGCAGGAUGAAGAUUAUGACGUCAAGAACUGGGAAAUGUUAAAUGAAUUGAAUGCGGGCUCUUUCGAAGGAUUGACCUACAAGGAAAUCGAAUCACGCUUUCCCGACGAGUACGGCAAGCGAGCCAAGGAUAAAUUGCACUACAUUUACCCUGGAGUUGGAGGUGAAGGUUAUUUGCAGGUUAUCAGUCGACUUAGGGAUAUGGUCCGAGAGCUUGAACGUAUUACAGACCAUGUCCUUAUCAUUGGACACCGAUCCGUCGCUCGAGUUUUGAUGGCAUAUUUCAUGGAUCUUACCAGAGAUGACAUUGCCGAUUUGGAUGUACCUCUGGGCAUGCUUUAUGCGAUUGAACCAAAACCUUAUGGUAUCGAGUUCCACGCAUACAAAUACAAUGAACAAGGAGAGUGGUUUGAUGAAUUGCCAGGCUAUAAGCCAAGGAAGGAAACGGAGAAGGGCAAUUAAAGAUUUGAUUGUCUAUUUCACAGUGAGGAAAGUUAGAAAACGAACAGAAAUGUAAAAUAAGGGACUUCGGAGUUUAUAUGAUUGGGGAUGGGUUUGCAUUACAUUGCAUAGCGAGGUCUCAUUUACAAAUUGGGAGUUUUUAAGGUUGAUUUUGGGGAAAUGAUUUGUAACAACAAUUGGGAGAUUGGAACUGGUAUUAGGGAUAAAGAAACGGGGUGGGGAGGGGGUGAAUGUGUUUGGCGUGCGCACAAGAAUGGGCUUAUACUUUUAUAGCAAGAUGGAAUGAAAGCGAUGGAGGAUUGCUUGAGCAUUCUAUCCACGUCAGAGGGAAAUUUCCACUAGAUGGCUUCUGGUCUUGCUUUUUAAAGGGAAAUUACAAUAGAUGGAAGAUCAGAGAAUACUAGUUACCUUCUGUACAGCGAGAUGGAAUUAGAGAAUAGAAAUAUUUCUAGAGCAAUGAACUUUUUGAUUCACUGUCAGAAUGAGGGUGGAAUG